CAACUGCCUGUGUGCGAGCUGAAUCUUGUGCUGUUGUUGGUGUUUGGCAACGAGCAAACAAAGCACAGCAGAUAGCAGCCGCUGGGUGAUACGAGAGCGCACAAGAAGAAGUGAUCCAGCAACCAACCACCCACACAACACCACUACAACAUACCUACCACCACCACCACCUGUGACCAACAACAUGGGUGUUCGGAUAUCGCGCCUGAACACGGAGGAUGAUGAUGCUGUGGAACAGCUCAUCACCGACCUCUCUGCACUUGUCGCUACUCAUCCCAUCGAAGCUGAGAUGGCGUUUGAGAAACCUUUGGAGUGGACCACAUCCAUCACCCCAGAGGAUCUCUCCGGCAUGACACAUGAGGCUGAUGAAGACCGGGUGCUGCUGGACCUGACACAAGACCACAUCAUUGUGGGAUCUCUGCAGAAGCUCCAGCAUGUUCUGACCAUGGCCGGCUCCAAGAAGGUCGACGAGUUGAAGGCCCUCAUGAAAGAGAACGAGGACCCCCUGGCCAACAUACUCGGCGCUGCAUAUGGCGGUGGUGCCAAGCUGUCGAGCAUCCACGCCUCCCUCGAUGACUCCCUCAAGGCGCAGAAUGGGGAGCUUGUGACGGCGCUGGACAAGUACGAGCUCGAUGGUGCAGAUGACAUGUCCCCCGUCACGUCUUCCAACGCACAGCAGCAGCAGCAGCAGCAAGAGGACGACUCGCAGGAGGCGCGGUCGGUGAAGGCGAUGCAGCGUGCAGAGGCGGAGAUGUCGCGACUGCGCAAUGUGGCCGGCGUCGACGACGACGACCUGCUUGAGGAGCUCGACUGGGAGACGUCAAUCACGUUCAGCAACGGGCUGCGCGUGCCGCCGUGGAAGCAGGCGGACGGCAGCCUGGGCCACAUCCUCGCCAACCCAAAGGACGGUGAUCGGUUCUACGUCAUGGCGCACGUUGACGGGUUCUGGGAGAUCAAAGGGCCGGACCACGCGACCGGUGACAUGAACACGGAGCAGGUGGGCAGCGCAUACAACUCGCUGAUGGAGCUGCUUCGCGCCAAGAGCCCCAUCUUUGAGGAGGGCGUGGACAAGGCGUCGUUUGCGCCCAAGCUGGCGUUUCUUGCUGAGGAGGACGAGCGGGCGCAGAGCGGCCGUAUGGGUGGGCGUGGGCAGGACUCAUCUCGUCGCGCCUACCGGCCCUCGCGCAUCUGGCUCACAGAGGAGGACGAGGACUCUGUGUUCGACCAAUCCAAAGAGACGCUUGAGAAGGCGAUGCUUGUUCCCUGCGAGCGCUGGUCGUCGUUCGGCCUUCAGCUCGACACCCCCACCAGCCCAUCCCCAAACAAGUCGUCAACGCUGCGGCUGAUGCGGUCUGGCCUCAUCAACUCGCGCCGCAUGUCGCAGACCUCCUCUGCGUGGCUCCCAAUCCACUCCCUCCAGACGCCGACGGCCGCGGAGGACUUUAGCGAGAGCGACGAGAGCGAUGAGGAGGAGGACAUUGAGGAACGCCGCAUGCGCCAGGCCGACCUCCCACCAGAGUACUGGUCGAUCCAGAAGCUCGUGCGCUACCUCAGCGGCGGCAACGUCACCGCCACCGUCAUUGCUCUGUCCUCUCUUCGCGACCACGACCUCACCUCCGAGAUUGCCCAGUUUGCCAUCCGCGACGUCGGCGGGCUUGAGCUGCUCAUCAACCUGUUGGAUACGGAGGAGGACAAGUGCAAGAUUGGCGCGCUGCAGGUGCUCAAGGACAUUUCACUGCACCCGCAAGUGAAGAAGGCGAUUGCAGAGAUGAAUGGCAUGCGACCCCUCGUCGCCAUCCUCGAGUCGCCCAACGACCAGCUCAAGUGCCUUGCUGCCAUCACCAUCUCCCACUGCGCCAACUUCCCUCGCAACAGGCGCAUGUUCCGGUAUUACGGCGGCAUCACAAAAGCCGUUGAGCUACUCCGCAUCGGCGCCGAAGACCCGAGCAAGUUGGAGGUUGCGCGGUGCGGAGCGCUGGCGCUGUGGAGCUCUAGCUCGAGCUCAAAGAACAAGGAACACAUUCUCAAGGCCGGCGCUGUGCCGCUGCUUGCUGAGCUGCUGACGAAGGAUGACAUUGAGCUGCUUGUGCCGGUUGUUGGCGUGCUGGAGGAGUGUGCAACGUCGCAGGCCUACCGCGACCUCAUCCGCAAGUACAACCUCACCCCGUUCCUCGUUGCCAAUCUCUCAAAGGACAACAAGGUUCUCCAGGCGCACAGUGCGAUGGCCAUCUUCAAGUGUGCUGAGGAUCCGGCUACGCGUCGCAUUGUCCGCGAGUGCGGCGGGCUCGAGCCCCUCGUCAGACUCCUCAACCCAGCCGCCGAUACGCUGCUGCUUGAGGGCGUGACGGGCGCCAUCUGGAAGACGGCGUACGAUGCGGACAACAUUGCGGAGUACUCGCGCCUCAAGGCUGUGGAGCAGCUCGUGGCCCUGCUGCGGUCCUCCUCAGAGGCCGUUCUCAUGAACGUUGCCGGCGCCCUGGGCCAGCUCGCCACAAACACGGACUCGUGCAGGCUCGUCCGCACGGCGGGUGGCGUGGAGCCCCUCAUCAACCUCCUCACAGGCACGAAUGCGGAGUUGCUGAUCAACGUGACGAAAGCGGUUGGUCGCACGGCGCAGCUCAAGGACAACAUCGACGCCAUUGACAAGCUCGACGGCGUGCGCCUGCUGUGGUCACUGCUGAAGCACAGCAACGCAGAAGUGCAGGCCUCCGCCGCCUGGGCCAUCUGCCCCUGCAUCAAGAACGCGCGCGACGCGGGCGAGCUUGUGCGCUCCUUUGUAGGCGGGCUUGAGCUUGUUGUUGGUCUUCUCAAGAGCAGCAACCAGGACGUGCUGGCGGGCGUGUGUGCCCUCAUUGCACAGAUUGCGAAGGACGAGGAGAACCUUGCCGUCAUCACCGACCAUGGUGUCGUCACCAUGCUCAGCAAACUCGUGCGCACCACGAACGACACGUUGCGGGAGCACCUUGCAGAGGCCAUUGCCAACUGCUGCACAUGGGGCAACAACUGCGUUGCGUUUGGCACUGAGGGCGCUGUUGCCCCGCUGGCGCGCUACCUCAAGUCAAAGAGCUCGGCUGUGCGCCACGCCACCGCACACGCGCUGCACCAGCUCAGCAGAGACCCAGAGAACUGCGUCACCAUGCACCAGGCAGGCGUCGUCCGGCCCCUCCUUGACCUCGUGGGCGCAACAGACCGGAGUGUGCAGGAUGCUGCUGCCCGCUGUCUCGGCAAUAUCCGCCGCCUCGCCCUCUGCAACGAGAUGAACCGCUAUGGCUGACCACCACACGUGUCUGCCUGUUGUUGUUGUGGUGUGUGUGUGUGUGUGUGUGUGUUGUGUGUUGUGUUGUGUGAAUCAAGUUUUCAUGUUGAGUGCCCCUUCGCCUGUUUGUGCUCUCAAUUUUCUCCUUGAUGCAUUCCUUCCUGAUGAUACUGUUGGGCUGAUGCUGUGUUGUUCUGUAUUGAUUGACUCACCAUCGAAAGCAAAGUACACACCACCGCAUACGUACCUCAAGCACUCCAUCCGUAGCCUACAUUCUCGUAGAC